AUGGUCGGGGCCUUCGGGCAGAACGUGCUGGUGAACUCUGCUCUGCCCCAGCAUCAGCAGCAGAUGAAAGGACCCGUGGGACAGGUCUUGUCCAGGCCGCAGGCACCACGACUUCAAAACCUGAUGGGGACCGUCCCUCAGGGAACGCAGAACUGGCAGCAGCGAGGCUUGCAAGGUAUCCCUGGGAGGACUAGCAGUGACAUGGGGCCCUUCAAUAACGGCACGGCGUACCCCAUGCAGCCUGGGCAGCCACGGCUCUCCAAGCAGCACUUCCCACAGGGGCUCAGUCAGACAGUCGUGGACACGAGUGGAGCAGUGAGAGCCCUGAACCCGGCCCUGGGGAGACAGCUGCUGCAACCACUGCCUGGGCAACAAGGAGCCAGCCAGGCCAGGCCCAUGGUGAUGCCUGCAAUAAGCCAGGGGGUGCCCACGAUGCCUGGCUUCGGGCAGCCUCCCACGCAGCAGAUGCCGGGUGGUAACUUUGCUCAGAGCAGCCAGGGCCAGGCCUACGAGAGGAACCCCACUCAGGACAUGUCUUACAACUACAGUAAUGAAGGAGCAGGGGGGUCGUUCUCCGGUCUAGCGGAGGGCACAGACCUUGUGGACUCCAUCAUGAAGGGCGGACCAGGGGAUGAGUGGAUACAGGAACUUGAUGAGUUGUUUGGAAACCCCCAGUGAAGGGGCUUGUGUAGUCUGGAGCUUUGGCUGUUACGUGUGAAGAAAGAAAAGAGAGAGCUGGAUGUUCUCCCC